ACAUGAAUAAUGAAAAGCGAAGACUAUCGCAGAGUGGAGCCAACUUGGUGAAGGCUUCACUCAGACAUAGUUUGUCCAAUGAUGUGGGUGUAAAUCCUCCAGUGAUGUCCGAUCGGACAUCGGAGACUGAGAGUCACGGUGAUGACAGCGGACAUAUUUCAGGGACAUCUGCAGAGAACACCCCUGAACACAAGUCCCGACAUCAUAGCCAUCUGUCAAUACCGUCACUUCGUACUGACGUCAACAUCGUUGGAAGAGCCGCAAGACAGAGAAGAGGAAGAUGAAGACAUAGAUGACCUGGUUGCGUCUCACAAGUCUCUUGGCAGUUUACGUGGUAGUCGUGGCAACCUUUAUUCCAGUCUUACACGUUCAAGCACUCUGUCAUCGGACAGUCGGGAGAGUUUGUACAGUGUGUACAGCGAUGCUGGGGAGAUCAACUUCGGGAAGAUCCCUGCCACCGGGGAGAUACUGUUUGGACUUGACUACAACUACAAGACUGGGGCCUUGGAAAUACACAUCAAGCAGUGCAAGGAUAUUGCACCAGUCGAUACAAAAAAGGAACGUUCAGAUCCAUAUGUGAAGACCUACCUUCUGCCAGACAAGACGCGGAGUGGAAAGAGGAAAACCAAGAUCAAGAAGCACACGCUCAGCCCCACAUUUGAUGAAGUGUUGAGAUAUGUCAUCUCAAAGAGCGAAGUUGAGAACAGAGCAUUAUGGGUAACAGUGUGGCACAAUGACCGAUUUGGCAGAAAUGACUUCCUUGGGGAAGUGAUGAUUCCCAUGGACUGCUACAAGUUUGGCGACGCCUCCCCCAAGUGGUACCCCCUUCAAGACAGAUUGGAAGCCCCAGGUGCCCAGCCAGUUUCCUACAAGGGUGAUCUUGUCGUGUCGAUUAAGUUCGUGACAGCCGAGAACCUGGAGAACGAUGGUUCUCGGAAGGGCAAGUCUAAGAAGGGCAAGGGGCCCCCUAGGGGGGAAAUGCAGGUGCUUGUGAAGGAGGCCAAGAAUCUGACAGCUGUGCGGUCUAAUGGCUCCUCAGACCCCUUCUGUAAAGCCUACCUUCUGCCUGAGAAGCACAAGAGUAGUAAGCAGAAGUCUGCCGUGGUGAAGCGGAACUGCAAUCCCACAUGGAAUCACGUGUUCCUGUUCGAGGACGUGAGUCAGGAGGAAAUGAAGGACCGCAGCCUGGAGCUGACCAUCUGGGACUAUGACAAGAUCACCAGCAAUGACUUCCUGGGAGGCGUCAGACUCAACUUAGGAACAGGUGUGUCAUCAGGCAAGACUGUGGAGUGGAUGGAUGCACGAGGGGAAGAGAUCGCCAUAUGGCAGUCCUGUAUGGACCGACCAAACUGCUGGAAUGAUGGAACCAUCGGUCUCCGGGCAACCAUGGGCAAGAGUGAGAUACGCAAAUAACACCUGCUGGAUCUAGCCAAUCACAUUAUUCAUAGUGGUGUUUGUGUACAUACAUGGAUUAGUCACGUACUUUAAGUAUGCUGUUUAUGUGGACGUAUUGAACGAUUAUUGUGAGACAAUUGGCCUUUCCCUUGCUCUGCCUUGUAUUAUCAAGCCAAUAUUCUUGACAAGGUUGCCCUUGAUUUAUACAGUUCUACCUGUGACAGUGUGAGCCUAGUGUUCGUGUUGUAGGCAACACUAGUUGUUGCUCUGUAGCCAGUGGAGACUAGAUCAAGUCACUCCCAUCGGAGUCUAAAUCAGAAUAGCUCAUCAGUUCAGUAGUUAUUGAAAUGAUAGAAAAGUUGCACAAAACUCAUAUUCAGACCAUGGGACAGUCCUUUCUGUUCACAUGGGAAAUGAAGCUGUCAAUUCUGUCAUAUGGGGGAUUCAUGCUAUGUGACUGUCCGUUCUGUUAACAUGAGGGAAUCAAGCCAUGGAACAGUCCACUGGGUUAACAUGGAAUCAAGCCAUGGGGCAGUCCACUGUGUUAACAUGGGGGAAUGAAGCCAUGGAACAGUCUAUUUUGUUAACAUGGGGGAUUCAAGCCAUGGGACAGUCCACUGUGAUAACAUGAGGGAAUGAAGCCAUGGGACAGUCCACUGUGAUAACAUGGGGGAAUGAAGCCAUGGAACAGUCCAUUGUGUUAACAUGGGGGAUUCAAGCCAUGGAACAGUCCACUGUGAUAACAUGGGGGAAUGAAGCCAUGGGACAGUCCAUGGUGUUAACAUGGGGAGAAUCAAGCCAUGGAACAGUCCACUGGGUUAACAUGGAAUCAAGUCAUGGGGCAGUC